AUGCAUGCCGCCACGUACUGUACAUGGAAAGUUCGUCACGUGACUUUGUAAAAAUGGCGUCGGUACCUAGAGAACGUGCAGACGAAGUGUUUUGUCCCCACUGUGGUAGGGAGGUAGCGAAGAAGACCUAUCGAAUGCACAAGCGUAUGUACUUUGAUCCUGAUACUGAUCAGUGGGUAAAGAGAAAAGCAUCCGACCAGCAAGACUUGAGUGACUUUUCAUGUGAGGAGUUGGAUGACUUCACUCAGCAAACUGACAAGCCGUCUGCAUCACCUCCCCCUAUUCUUGAUUUUGAAUGCGACGAAUUUUCUGAUGAACCCUUGACAGAAGUAGAGCAGGAAGAGUACAGAAGCACAGAAACAGGGUCUCAAGAUCUUUUUGAUGUUGAAGUUUGUGAGGAGGAGGGGGUCGAAGAAGAUCUACUAAUGUAUAACUUUGAAGAUCAAUCGAGUACAGACCCACUUUUGCUUUGGUUGGUACAUUUUAUAGCUCUACUCCAAAAGAGGCACUUCUUACCUGAUGCAGCAUUAGUCCUUUUGCUUCGAUUUUUCGCCAUCUUUUUCAAUAUCCUCAGUGGUAUAUCUCCACAACUGACAUCAUUUUCUCAGCAGUUUCCUCCCAGUUUGUAUAAAUUCCAUAAGCUUCUGGGUGCUAGGCAAGAAGAGGCUUUUGUUCGGUAUGUAGUAUGCCCAAUCUGCUCUAUGGUCUACAAUUAUGAUGACUGCCUUGAGAGGAACGGUACACAAACAGUGGCUCUGAACUGUAAAUAUCGCUUUUCUGGACGUCAAUCCCCAUGCAAUGGUGUUUUGCUGCGAUGCAUGGAGCUUAGCAGUAACAAGAAAGUUUUCUAUCCUAAUCGUGUUUUUUGCUAUAUGCCUCUAAAGUUCUAUUUGAAAAAGUUCGUUAAUAGGCCUGACUUUGAUACUCUCUGCAGUGAAUGGAAGAAUAGAGUUAAUCCUGAUGGUGUGUACAAAGAUGUGUUUGAUGGGCAAAUUUGGAAAGAUUUCAAGGUUUAUAAUGGAAUCCCUUUUUUAUCGGAAUCAUAUACCUAUGGCCUAAUGCUGAAUAUUGAUUGGUUUAAGCCCUGUAAGCACACUGAAUAUAGCUGAAUAUUUGACUUUCAAUAUGAAGAUCAGACUGUAUAUUUAAUGUGCCCUGUUCACAAUAUAGUUCCCUUUUAACUUGAAACGUAAUUCAUUUCUGUAUUAUUGUAAUUUCAAUCAUUUUCUGUAUUAUUGUCAUUUCUGUAUUAUUGUCAUUUGAAGCACAUAACAAGUGUUAUUGUUUGUAUCAGUCAUCUAUGUGGAGAACCUGUAACAUGUAAUCAGACAUUUUCUGCUUUCUGAAAUGAAUCUGGUUUCUUCUAGUGCGGACACGUACACUGCAAUAUGG